AUGGAGGUGACCACUCCUGGCAGCACACCUUCCACCAGCUUCCCCUUGGCUUCUUCAAUGGGCGCCCACGACCACAUGGAGGUGACCACUCCUGGCAGCACACCCUCCACCAGCUGCCCCCUGGCGUCUUCAAUGGGAGCCCAUGACCACAUGAAGGCGACCACUCCUAGCAACACGCCCUCCACCAGCUGCCCCUUGGCUUCUUCAACGGGUGCCCCUGACCACAUGGAGGUGACCACUCCUGGCAGCGCGCCCUCCCCCGGCUGCUCCUUGGCUUCUUCAAUGGGCGCCCAUGACCACAUGGAGGUGACCACUCCUGGCAGCGCGCCCUCCACCGGCUGCCCCUUGGCUUCUUCAACGGGUGCCCAUGUUUAA